CAUGCUAAUUAAUGCACUCAGAAGCUGUACUGAAAGGAAUUUAAACUCGUGAUAGUCAUAAGAGAACAGAUCAAACAAGAAAAAAACAGACCAAGUCAAGGAAAAGAGACCUGUAAUUGCCUUCCAGUUAACAGACAGGAUACAAGUCUGAAGGAGGUUUGAGCAGGACCAAGCUCACAAAAUGCCCAGAAGAAACUACCAUCCAGAUGGCAACUUUUUCAGAGGGAGAGGACACAGCUAUCUUGCAGCAGAAGAAGCCCUGGGUAUUGGACUCUUCAUUUUGGUGCUGGCAAUUUUACUCAUCUUUGGCUGCUGGUAUUACAAAAGACGUAGUGGCUACAAAAGUCUGCGGAGCAAAAGCACUAGUGUGGGCACAAUACGAACCGUGGUAGGUGAGGGAACAGCACUGGACUGCAAAAUGCCCCUGCAGGAAUACAGGAACUUUAAUUCUGUGGUACCUGAUGCUCCACCAGCUUAUGAAAAAAUUGCUGCAGAACUGUCACCACCACCUUAUUCACCAUGAUAACACAACAUCUUAAACUCUAAAAAUACCAAUUCAGUUUCUUCAUGCUCCUUCUGAAUUUCCCAUACAUGCUUUACUUCCUUAAAACUAAAACAACAAAAAAAAUCACAUGCUUCAUUAGCAGUUGCUGAAAAUUAUUCCUGCUUAGUUUACAGAACUAGUUCUUGAAAUGCCUCAAUAAAUCUGAACAUGCUUUUGUUUCAA